ACGGUGUACAAGAUGCUUUUUUAAGUUAUAAAGUUUCCUCAGAUUACCAUAUGGCACAUCGUUUAUGAUAACUAGGUUAAACCUACGUUAACCAUCGACUUUUGAAUUAAUUAUUAGGUAACAAAGGGUUUUUGAUACAGGUAGAUAGAAAAUCGUAUGAUUACGAGCGUAUAUUUAGGGCUUUUUCCCCAUGGGGUGUUAUCCCUAAAUCAUGCAUACUUUGCAUGUUUACCUGCUGUCCGAGGACUAAAAUCUAGAAAAGGUAAUAACCCAAAAGACCCUUCAUUCUUUUAGGUAGUGGCUCGCCCUUUUUUAAUGGUAUAUAAACCCUACAUUCUUUUUCAAACCUUACCACUUGUCAACCGUUUACCGAGCUAUCAACAUGUCCAGCAGCCUAGCCGAAUUCUAUCAAUCUUCAUUGACUUUCUGGAGCCAUCUUAUCCAUCUCCUUCUGCAGUUUAUUCAGAUCAACUGCUGGAGUCAUAAAACACAGACAGAAGAAGCCAUGAAGCCCUGUGCGAUCUCAAGGACCAUGGAUGACUUUGUGGAGGAACAGCAAAAGAGGAUGCAACAGAAGGCUCAGGAAUAUGCCAAAGUGGAGCUUCUGCAUCGCCUGCUCGUCCAGCAGCAACUGCAGGAACUGGAGCAGCGCAGACUCAUCCGAUUGGCUUUGGCCCGAAGACGUCUGGAGUACUCCCAUUAGACAGGGCAAGCCAAUUAGCUCAUAAUUUAUUUAGAUUCAUAAUUUACGCUUAGAUUAUGCUUAAGUAAUUGCAAUUUUUAAGUGAUCACAUAAUGAGUGCCAACGAGGCAAAUAUAAAUUUGAAAAGCCCUGAGUAUGCGGAAAUUAAAGACACGUGUUUGCAUUUCUUCUCGUUCGAUCAACAUUUCGGCUCUUCGAUCGGACAUCAUUAAUUUUUCCCCCACUCAAAGAUGCGCUUUCACUUUCCGCUUUCAAAGUCAGCGUUUUCAGUCGAUUAUUUAUUCAGUUGGAAUGAAAUGGAGAUUUGAAUAAACAUUAUCCAAGCUGGCUAGAUUGCAAUUAUCAGCAACUUUUCGAUUGCCAGAGUCGUGUUUUUUGGUUGCCUUAAAAAUAAAUAUUAUUAAAUAUGCAAUAAUUUUGAGUUUACUAUAAUAUAGCCUUGUAACUCAACUACUUUAAAGCUAUAUAGUUUUUUCCAGUGAAGGAUCUCUGGCAUUUGAGACU